AUGGCAGUUAUUUCGAAACAGACUACCAAUCGUGAAAAGAAAGCUUCCAGUAGAAGAAGAAAGAAGAGAAGAACAGAGGAUUUUUCAUCCUCGUCUGAAUCUUCAUCGUCAUCGUCAUCUUCAUCGAGUGAAUCAGAAGAUGAACCAGAGGACAAGGAAAUACCUACCGCAGAGCAAAUAACAAUGGAUGAUAUAGAAAUUGAUACAAACAAUGAAACGACAAAGCUGAUUAAAAGGGCUCCUGAUAAUCUAACCAUGCAACAGAAACAACAACUAAGUUCAAUUCCUUUCUCAACCACAUCAAUAUCAGAAAUAACCAACCCAAAUACAACUAACGCAUUGAAAAAUAUACCGAAUCUUACGGAAAUCACUAAUUCAAUUGAACAGUCUAAACAAGAGAUCAACACCCGAUUUUUGAAGUUUAUGACAAAAGAAUUUGGCAACGAUUUAGACGAGUUGAGGAAAAAACCAGAUUUCAAAGAAGCAUCGUUGACCGUAAUAGCAAAGACACUUCAAUCAGGAGCAAAUAUGUUUGAUAUUGAUGUGUUAGAAGGCUUGCUUGAUGAGGAAGAAAAGACAAAAUAA